UCCUUCUUCCUACCUCUUUCUACAUUGUCUCACCACAAACUCUUUUAUUGAGUUUGUAAACCACACUCAAACAAGAGAGGGAGAGACACUCUCAAAUUCUCCAUUUUGAAAUUGUUAUCUAUUGUUUAUUUCCUUCUAAUAUAGACAAAUACCAAUGAGUUCAGGUUCAGGAGACAGGCAAAAUAUGCAUGAUCAAACUGAUUGCUUUGAUCCCAACACAAUGGCAGAAGAUGUAAACUUUUCUCAAAUUCUGCAAAAUCAAACCACAAACAGCAAUAAUAGCCUUGAAGAGAAUUUGAGGCCUUCUAUGAAUGAAGUUUCCACUUUGACAAAUGGACUCACUCUCUCAUCCAUAGACAUUGAACAACAAAAUCUUGGUUUGAACAUAGGGAACUCCUACAACAACAACAUGGAUAACCAUUUGGUGCAAGAAGUGUAUCAGCACUCAACUUGGGACUCUAGUGUUCAAGAAAUGCAAGAUAUUUGCUAUGCUAAUCACCAAGAACACCACCAACUACAUGAACAACAUUUUCAACAAAUUGUUGAGGCACAAAACUGCAGCCAAAGCUACAAUCCCUCUUCUAUACUUGACCCUCCUUACCCUUCACCAGAUCUAUUAAACCUUCUCCACUUACCUAGAUGUUCAGCUUCAUCUUUGCUCACAAAUCCAUCCAACAUUUGCAUCACAAACUCAACUCAGAAAACACCCAAUUUUCAGAGUUCAAUGAAUUUUCUUGGUGACCUUCCAAUAGGAUCAGACAACAUAAGUGGAUCCUCAGUUCUUUACGAUCCUCUUUUUCAUUUGAACCUUCCUCCACAGCCUCCAGCCCUCAGAGAAUUGUUUCAAUCUCUCCCUCGAGGAUAUAGUUUGCCGACGAGCUCAAGGAAUGGUUCUCUUUUUGGUGGAGGGGAUGAGAUGGAGGGAGAUGGUAGCCAGCUUGAUAUGGGAGUGCUGGAAUUCAAUAGGGUCACUGCUUCUGUUGGCAAAGGAAGGAGAGGAAAAGCUACCAAACAUUUUGCAACUGAGAAACAAAGAAGAGAGCAAUUGAAUGGAAAAUACAAAAUUUUGAGGAGUCUCAUCCCAAAUCCCACCAAGGUUGAUAGAGCAUCAGUGGUGGGAGAUGCUAUUGAGUAUAUAAGAGAACUAGUUAGAACAAAGAAUGAGCUGACAUUAUUGGUGGAGAGGAAAAGACAUGGGAGGGAAAUGAGCAAGAGACUUAAAACUGAAGAUGAUGCUGCAGAAAGCUGUAAUAUAAAGCCUUUUGGUGAUGCAGAUGGAAGCAUAAGGACCUCAUGGCUGCAGAGGAAAUCCAAAGACAGUGAGGUUGAUGUCCGGAUUAUUGAUAAUGAUGUUACGAUCAAACUGAUUCAGAGGAAGAAGGUUAAUUGCUUGCUGUUUGUUUCCAAGGUUUUGGAUGAACUUCAGUUGGAACUUUGCCAUGUUGCAGGUGGACUUGUUGGUGAAUAUUUUAGCUUCUUGCUCAAUAGCAAGGUAAUUGAAGGUUCAUCAGUAUAUGCAAGUGCCAUAGCCAACAGGGUGAUUGAUGUUUUGGACACUCAAUAUGCAGCAGUUGUUCCAAAUUUAAGUAGGCUAUAGCUAUUAGAGAUGAGCAGGAACCAAAUGUCUCUAUUAUACUUGGUACUGACAUGAAUGAGACAAUUUAGAAAAGUGAUUAUGAUAAUAGUGAUAGUAAUAAUUUCAUGGGGACAACUAGGAUAUGUUGAAAUUUAUAAGUUCAAUAGUUUCUUACUUUGUGUGGUUCAUAAGAUAGUUUCUUCAAUUCUGAUGCAAAAUUAUUGUAGAGUUUUUUAUUUGGGUUGAUUAAUAUCAGUUUAUUUUUUAACUA